GCAACGGGCGCGUACAAACGUAUCAUGCUGGGUAGGGCCGGUGCCGAGAUGCCGGCUUGUAAACGAAACCAGUUUGCUAUCCGAUACGAUCCAGGCAACAGCGGCCUCGCGUGAUAUCCCCACGACGUGGAAGAACGUCAGCGCGCCUGGCCUAGUGGGUGUUACCUGAGCGACCUGGAGAACGGUCGCGCGAACCCACCUGACAGCGAUCUUCAAUGGGCAUCGGAGCUCUUCACAACGCAAGCCUGCUCCAAUUCAAACGUUACCACGUGCCGCCUUUCGGGAAUUGUUUCGAAAUUAAUCAGUGACGUGUCGCGACGCGCACGAGAGAGAGAAACAGAAAGGAGGAGAGCGAGAGAAUCGCCAAUGUGGGCUUUCAUAAUUGAGUACCUGUGGAAACAGAGGCGGUUGUUUUUCUUCGGUGCAAUUCUCUCUCAUCUCGUAAGAUAUUAAAAUUCUCUAUCGUCGUGUUUCUUUUCAAAUAUCAUAAUACCUGAUAGUUUGUACUUUCGAACUUAAAAAUUCUGUGGUGCCGAUAGUGAAGUGGGUAAUCGUCCAGUGACCGUCACCGUCUGAUUGUAAUGAACGAGCGUAUCACGCGCGACUCCAACGAAUCAUGAGAAGAUCCAAGAGCAAGCAUAAAUCGAAGCCGCGUGUUUCCUGAACCGCGACAAGUCCGGGUGACGUCGAUACUCGAAGGAGACAAACGAAAUCAAAAUUGGUGUGUCGCGAGAGGAUCAUCGUUUCGGGAAGAUGUCCGCCGCUGGGACCACGCCGCCAAACGCGAACGGUCCGCUUGUACCUUGUCCGUAUCUUGCUCUGCCAACCCUAUCUUUCUCCGUCAGCCAGGUGGCAACGGUUUGCGAGACCCUAGAAGAGAGCGGCGACAUCGAGAGGCUGGCCAGGUUCCUAUGGAGCCUCCCGGUUGCUCAUCCCAACGUUCAAGAACUGAAUCAGAGUGAGGCUGUCCUCAGAGCGCGUGCCAUUGUGGCGUUUCAUUCGGGACAUUAUCGGGAGCUCUAUGCUAUAUUGGAGAGGCACAAGUUCACCAAGGAUUCCCACGGUAAACUGCAGGCUAUGUGGCUGGAGGCGCAUUACCAGGAAGCCGAAAAACUCCGCGGCCGACCGCUGGGUCCCGUAGACAAGUAUCGCGUGAGGAAGAAAUUCCCAUUACCGCGGACAAUCUGGGAUGGCGAGCAGAAGACGCAUUGCUUCAAAGAGAGAACCAGAUCGCUGCUCCGAGAAUGGUAUCUCCAGGAUCCUUAUCCAAAUCCGGGAAAGAAGAGGGAACUGGCCGCCGCGACGGGACUCACGCCGACGCAAGUUGGAAAUUGGUUCAAGAAUAGAAGGCAAAGAGAUCGCGCUGCUGCAGCGAAAAACAGCAGAAUGCAGCAACAGUCGGGUCAAGGAAACGGAAACGCGCGGCGCACUCUGAGCCCGGGGCCCGGCGGCAGCAGCAGCGAGGAGUCCGACAUUUCCCUCGGAGGAACAUCACCGCCAUCGCCAAGUUCCUCGCCGCCACCGAACCACCAACCGUCCCCGGUACCCCUCGGAUCUCUCGGACCUUUGCCACCACCCUCUUUGAAUUUCCGUUUCGAUCCUACGCAGACGCACUUUCGAUUCGGUCAUACGACGGCUUUCAAGUUUCCACCGACGAGCUUCCGAUUCGGACCGCAUAGUCCGCAAUCUAACCAUCCGAAUAUGCCGGGUGGCGGGAUUUUCAGGUUCGCGGAGUCGAGUCCCUUCCAGGCGGUAGGAUCCAGGGCUGAUCCGGCGACGAGAGAAAAUGCAGUUCUCUCUUUACUCUGUUACAGACUACCGGACUCGCUGGGUCUGCCACCGCCGAGACUCCAUCCGCACGAAGGCCUACUACACCACCCGCACCCCCAGCACCAGAUGUCCGAGGGAAUAUCAAGGAUAUCCGAAACGUCGCGAUUAUCCGACGGCGGGCUAUCCCGUCUCUCGGACAGCUUAUCGGAGGCCCACAGUCCGCCAUUGAUGGCGGCAAACCUGUCGGUCACCGGUCCGCUGAGGGUGGCAGUACCUAGCCCGCACACACCCUCGUCCCGAGGCAGUCCACCACCUCGUCAACCGACACCUCAGAGUCAGUCCCAAGGUCAAGGGUUGAUAAGGGUCGCGACGCCACCGCCGGCGAAUCCGAGACCGCAGAUCCACAGGCCCUUCUCGCCCGCGUGAUACGAUAAGGACGACGAAUCGCAAGACGUCGUCGUCACAGAUGACCAUCUCAUGUCGAAAAAGAGCUAUGGAUGCGGUGAUGUCGCGAGCGAGCGCUUCGAGGUGUUGUGAAAGCGGGGGAAGAGAUCUGAUGAAGUGGACAACGAUGGUCUGAUCUUCAUGGCUCAGCAGAUACCCGCGGGAUACGGGGAAGAAGCAGUCGGUUGUGUCUAGAAAAUUACGAGUGUGCGUAGUAGCGCAAAUCCGAUACGACGUUCUGAGAAAAGUUUUCAGUGAGAACCAGUAACGCAACGGACUAGGAUCGAUGAAGCUGUGAAAUUAUUCAAGGAUACAAGAUGUGAACCAGUAAGACGGCUUCUUUCACAACUGCAGUUAACAUCGCCCAAAACAGAUCUAAAGCGCUUGUACAUGAAAAAUGAAUCAACGAUACCAGUAUGUGUAGAACAUACGCUGUCGAAAUUUCGCUCGGAGAUAUCAGAAAUUAUACUGCGCUAUGAAUUUUAGAAAGAAUUCGUUUCGCGAUGUGUGAUAGGACGCUCUUAUAAAACGCGGAAAGAGACGCUUCGGGAAGUGAGUGUAAAUCCGCUAAAUAAGUGCAAUCUUCCGGAUUUAAAAAAAAAAAAAAAGAAAAAAACGAACGGUCAGGGCGUGUACAUAGCUUCCGUUGGACGUUCCCGACUCGUCCGUUCAACGAAAUCCAAGAACCAGAUGCAGUGAGUCUUAUAGUUUGUAAAUAGUGUCGCUUUUUUUGUUGAUACUCUCUGAAUCAUGAAUAGUCACCGAGAUGCAAGCAGCGAAGUGUACAAGAUUUUCACGAAAGAAGUUUUCCAAAGUACGUUUUAUUUUUACGUGUAUAAUAUUACACGCACACUAAUAUGUUAUAUUACUGCAGUCAUACUAAAUAUUUCAGUUAAUUUCGAUUAUAUGAACAAAAACUUAUGUUCAAUGUCUUAUUUUCGAAGUUUUGAAAUAAUUAAAAAAUUCUUUGUAAGAAACUAUGACUUCUUUUUUUUUGUACGGAUUGAUUUCGUUAGAGUAAAAAUAUUAACUUUUUGUGUGAAAAUCUUGCAUUUUCGUCGGACGUCGACGUAGCAAAUCAGCAAAGCGUUAAAAUAAAAACGCGAGAAAAGUCAAAGUUGGACUCGCAAUGGCAGUGAUUUCAUCCUUAGACUGAUGGCCGACGCGUAAAAAAUACAAAUCCCCAAUAGCCACAGACGCAGAUCAUUGCGUUACAAUUAAUACUGAUAUUUGAGAAAUCAGAAAAUGUAGCUGCAACGAAAUAAUUCUCUAACACCCAAGAGCAGUCCUUUUUUUUCAUUUUGUAUUUCUAUUUUUUGCUUAAAGUAAACGAAUACACUGAGAAAAAAAUGUUGUUAAUUUAACUAAAUUUUCCAAAUGAAUUAAAUUUUGUUUAUUGAAGUAUUUAUAUAUUUCAAUUAACUAUAUAAAUACUUGAAUUGACAAAAUUUUAAUUUAGUUGAAAAAUUUUGUAAAAUCUUUUUUUUUUUCUUAGUGUACGCAUAACACAAUUGUGCUAACUAUUACUGAGGUCAUCAAUAAAAUUUAUUUCAAUGUGUCAUCUAGUUAUAUACUUUUUCCUUAAUAGCUCUCUUUUCCCAUAAUAAUAAACCUAUAUUACCAGUAAAUUCCAAAUUUUUUCAAUGUAAAUUUCAUUACAUGUGCUCCUUUUCUUUGCUAUAAUUUUCAAUUUGUGAAUUUUGUUUAUGAAAGCAAUACAUCAUAUCACCGCCCCUUUGUUGCAUUGCAUUUUAAAAUUAUUCUACGCAUAAAUCCUAAGUUCUUCUAGUUCAUCUCUUUUAUUUAUUUGACAUAAGAGGAGAUCAAAAUAUAUAUUUGCAAGUCUCUUCCUCAUAACUUUUAGUUUCGUGAUUUUAUUUUUUUGUGAAUUUGUAACACUAUUUUGAGACCUCAGUUACAUUCGUAACGCAAUUGUUUCUGUAUCAGUUAUUAAUAUGAUUGUAUGUUUGUUCUAUUGUAUUGUACACCAGUAUUAGUCCCUCAUACUCGAAGAGUAAGAAAGAUUCAUACUCUAGAUAAAAUUACAAGAACAGCUUGGGUCCGAACGAGAGAGAAGUACGACUUGUUCUAUAUAAGAAAGUGCGAUAUCCAAACGAGCCAAUUUACAUUCUUCCCCUGCCAAUUCCCUCCCCCGUUAGGUUAAGUAGAAACUAUCGACAUUGUACAUUUCAUUAAUUCGCUCGGCUCUUUGGGGAAGGCCUGCGUCACUCUGGGAAUAAAAAGAAAUGUAGAAGAGAAUUUCGAGGCCGGGUAUGGCCAAUCGAUCCUAUUAAGCGCGAGAUGAUAGAAAAACCUCACGCUUUCGUCCUCCUCUUUGUAGAUAGACUCGAUUAGCGAAAUUCUUGUAUGAUCCGUCUUAUAAAUAUGAACAUAUUACAACAGUACGCGUACACUAUACAUACAAUAUACAUAUAUAUAUAGUAUAUAUAUAUUAUAUAUAUAUACAUAUAUUAUAGGUAAAGAUUUACGUAAUUUACCUAAAGACUAUCGAUACGGAAUUAUACAUAUAUAAAUAUAUGAAGAAGAAAUGAAGCAUUAUUAUUAUUAUUAAUAUUAUUAAUAUUAUUAUUAUUAUUAUUUGCGCCUGUACAUACGUUCGCGCGAAAAUAUAUUAACAGAUUAUUAUGACAUUACAACGGACCAUCAUGAGUAUUUUGUCCGCAUCCUCGCAUCCAUUAUACAUCCUAUCCGGUCCUGACUGUUAAACGGAGUGGCAAAUUUUGUGCAUAAUCCACGGAACGUGUUAAACGCAUCGAUGCAUUAAAAUGGCUUAACAUUUAUGCCGCGCGAUUCGACAACGUCGGACACACGAUCCCCGCGAUAACGGCAUCGCCAUCGUAAGUGAAAUCCGCGCGUUCCUCUCGCACAUUGAAAAAUGCGUGCGCCCCCCCCCCCCCCCCCGAAAUGGUAAUUAUUACUUUUACUUAUAAAAUCUCUCAUUAGCAAUUCCUCAUUACGCUCGCGUGUCGCUCCACGAUUAAAACGAUACCGCGCGAGAAGGAGCACGGUCGCGUUGCUGAAAUCGCUCCGUCCUUCCCACAGGUUCGCACGUCGCACACGGCUUCCACGCCAGGCCAUCGAAAAAUUGCGGAGUCAUCGGCCGUUAACAAUCUUAGAAUCGUGUCCAGACGAUCUUUUAUUUCUUUCUUUUGUUUUCCUUUCCUUCUUUUUCGCCGAAGGUCAAAAAGCGAGCCGGGCACGAAAUGCGCGUUAGAGCGCGAUGAAAGAAGAAACGGAUUAUCGACGAUGUGAGACAGAGAGACGAACGAGCAGAUAAGGGCAGCAGGGACGGGUAGAAACGAGAGACGGGAGAAGCAGAGGAGAGACGCGGAUAGAACGGAGAGACGAGGGAAAGCACAGGAGGGAGAGGCAGACAGACAGAGUAGUUGCGCGAUAACGCGGCGUGGGCGGGUGUCGCUGACAAAAUGAACCAAUCGGCUGGCUGGGUCGCCUUGUAACCGAUCCCGCGGGUUAACCAGGAACCAGGGAACAUCGACCAAGACUCUCCCGAAAAGCCGAUAUGCCCAGGGCGCACGCCUAAGUUCUCUCUCAACGUCGACUCCACCCUGCCUGAUGCCUCCACAUGCGACCACAUCCUCUCUCACUCUCUCUUUCUCCCCCCUCCCCCCCCCCCCUCUCCCCGUCUCUCGUAUCUCCUUCCUCCUCUGUCGCACGUCCGCGACCGUCUCUCCCCUGCGUCGGUGCUCGGCAGCUGGGUAGAUUUCCACGACACGAAGAUGGAGUCGUCGGGAUGCGGGGAAUGGAGCAGAUACGCGAGACUUUUACGUGGCGCUCUCCGGUCUCGUCGCGGACGGCUUUCAGCCGGGGACUUUUAAGGGAAAUCAUGGAAACCCAUGUUUGUUGUGGCAACGUGUUGUUCCUAUGAUAUGUUAAAUCCUUUCUCACUUCUCGCAAAAAUUGCACGAAAAGAUUUUGUGCCGCGCAACAGUCGGGAUUUUAUAAAUUCAUAUAUAAAUCACUUGUGUGAGAUUUGAAAGAAUCAAUUUUUUAAGAUAUAGAUUUACGCCAGCAAAACUUUUUGUGCGAAAAAUACCGAGUAACUAAUAAAAUUCACCUUUUUGCUAGAGUGCAUAGAUAACGAAAGGUUGACAUUGGAAAAAGAUCAAGUUUCAUAUUAAUUAAAAAAAUCCAUACGAGCAGAAAACGUUAAUCAGCGAUCGAACUUACUAUUUGUGUCUCCGAAGGAGGAGGAAGAAUAGAAAAGACAUUGAAUAGAGUUUUGAGAUUUUGGCCUAUUUACAAAAAAAAAAAAA